UAAAAAAGAAGAAGAAGAAGAAGACUAGUUUCCAGUUUUUGUUACUGUUUGUUGUUUUCCUCUGCGCUUUGGUCGGUAAACAGAGCAUGGAGGGGUCUCGCGAAAGUGCAGGGAGGACUCCUCACAGCGGUGUUGUAAAGAGGAGGAGCAAAAGUCAGAGCUACCGGCGGUCAAUCCGCACCUGCUUCGGCGUCGCAUCAGGGCUUGGCCUGACGCCGGCGCUGACCGCACGAAGAAUGAACACCAGCAGGAAAGCUCCAAGGUCCCAAAACAUCACUGAAAAAGUGAAGCCAGAGCACCUGGAGUUGCUGGUGAAAACGGAGUGGCAGCUGUCGUACGUCACUCCUCUCUACCAGUUCAGACACACCCAGCUGAAGAGCUAUUCCCGGCAGCUCUCUGCGUUCAUUGCUGCAGAGAAGCAGGAGGGCCUGGCGGUGGAGGUGGGGGGGCUGCAGAACACCUUCAAAGUCUCCUUCUCCGUGCUGCAGGGGCUGGCAGAGACGAGCGAUGACCCUGAGACUGUCCUCAUCCAGGUACAGUCAAAGCCAAUGUUUGCAAGGCAGGAAGAUCCACCGAAGACGGUUUGGUGUGGGUGGUUGUCCUGCAUCAAUGGUAACCCUGAAUAUCUUCAGUCGCUUCCAAAGGAUUUUACCUGCCUACCUCUGUUUUGCAGCAAAGGGGCUGAGGACCUGUCUUCUUUGGUUAAGUCUUGGUUACAGAGGACCUUUGACUGCUGCUUUGGCCCUCUGGACAUCAACCAAACCACUCUGCAGUGGCUUGCUGCCUUAUGGACCAACUGCCACAUGGAAACCAACAUCCAGAACUUGAAAAUGAUUUGGACUCUCCCAGUCUUGCCACCGCUACAGGUGACUUACACGGUCGACUCUGACGACGUGCUGGACCUGUGGAGAAGCACGAGGGAGAGUUCAGCGGAGAAGAGCAGGGAGGCGGAGGAUGAAGUGUGUAUCGACUUCUCGGAGGUGACGAGGUUCAUGCAGGGACUCAUGAGCCACUUUUACAGACACUUCAGGGUGGACCUUUCAGCUGGGGAACUGAACCAAGUGUCCUCUGCACUGGGAUCAGCCAAAGUCAACGGCAAGAUAAAGAUUUCCAGUAGCAGAUAUCUAAUCAGCAUCUUCAGCCUGCUCACCGAAUGUGCCCUCCUGAAAAUGCCCAUCUAGCUGUGACACUGAGCAGCCAUCAGAAAAAACAGACUAUAGGUUUGUUUUUUUUUAGUUUCUGCUUUAAUACAAACGUAAGUGAAACCAGACAUUCUUUUUAUUUUUUUGGACUCACACUUUCAGAGAAAUUCAGUUUGCUCACAAUUAUAACGAGUGAUGCUGAACCUGAUACUGGUGUUUCAAAUGCACACCCCCCUCAGCUUUGCACCUUUUUGUAAAUACAGUGAGUAUUUUACUUUAUUUGUGACUUGACAUGAAUAAAAGCAAAAAUUA